AUGGCGACGGCGGCGCUCCAGCGCGUGGCGAGGAGGCUCGGCGGCCGCGCGCUGCAGGAGGAGGUGCAGCUCCCGAGGUUCCUCCACAGCGGCAAGCCUGCCUGUUCCGGCGCCUCCGUCGGAGGAAGCGGCAGCGCAAAGGGCCCUAGGGUUGAUGCGGCGAAAGAGGAUUUCACGCAGCAAAUCAAAAGCCUGAAAGAGGGCUUGUACACCACUUUUGCCAGAUGGGAACGGGACAAGCUGUUCGAUGGCACUCUGGCACGCCAAAACGGUCAGCUGCUGGAGCAACUUUCUGUGCAAGUCAAGCCUAGACCCAAUGACCCACUCUGGCGCAAACAUCGGCGCGGAAAACGGGUCCAUGAUUUCAUGUUCUAUGGAGGGUUGUUUUGUUCUAGCUAUCUGGCCUUGGGUGGGGUGCUUGACUUCUUCACAGGACCAGAUCAUUCCAAGGAAAGGAAAAGUAUCGAGCCAUCGGUUUAGUCGUAAUCAUCUCUAGGUUACUUAUUUCGAUUUCAUCGCAGGAUCAACUACUGCAUGUCUCAUAGUCGGUUGUAAAAUUCAUGUAACUCUCCCGAAUUCAAUAGAGGACGCAUAUGUCUGUCUGAUAACGUGGGUCAACUUUUCAUGCAGUUUUUUUACGUUGAUCGUAGGAGCUC